CUUGGCAAGAGGAAUAAAAUCGGAAUUGACAAAACAAAACAAAGGCUCAAAUUUUGUAAAGCUAAAUAAAUGUGCUUGUGCUUGGUUGGUGUUUAGCCAUCAAAAUCCAAAGGAAUUUAGACCAUUUCCCCUCGACAUUAAGCCAUGGUUUUGGUCUCCCAAUCGGAUUUGCCUUUUAAUGAGAACGAUUCUCAAGACAUGGUCAUUUACCAAGUUCUAAACGAGGCCAUGGCGUCCCGCAACUCCCCUCUUCCCCCCGCCGCCGGACACCCCAUUCCACCCGCCGUAACCAUUGCCAAGAAGCACUACAGGGGCGUCCGCCGCCGCCCCUGGGGCAAGUACGCCGCCGAUACGCGACACGGCGCGCGCGUCUGGCUUGGCACCUUCGCCACCGCCGAGGAGGCCGCUCUGGCUUAUGAUAGAGCUGCUUUCCAGAUGAGAGGACCCAAAGCCCUCCUGAAUUUCCCGCCGGAGGUCGCGGCGGCGGCAGCGGCUUCGGCUUCUACGCCGGCGACGACUUCUACGCCGGCCAAGAGGAAGCAUAAGGCUGCGCCGAGUGGUGAUUGCAGCUCCACCGCUGUUUCGGUGGCGAAUUCACGAUCAGAAUCGGAUAGCAGCGCAGCUGAAUAGAAUAGGCUAAAACUUUUGGUAAAUUUUUUUAGCUCUCUCUCUCUCUCUCUCUCUCUCUCUCUCUCUCUCUCUCUUUGUGUAUAUGUGAAGUUUUGAUUAUUGAUUAUGGUUUGGAAAUUUGAAUAAAACUACACAGAU